AUGCAGCAGCUGUGCUCAUUUGAUGCACACCGUUCCAAGCCUGGACACGUCUACAAGGUCAAAUUGUCGCCGCAACUAGCCUUAACUGAUUAUGACAAAAAGGUAUUCACCGUCAAAGUGGAAGACGGUGGGGACUUUGUCACAUGUGAUUGUGGAUUUUUUGAUCAUGUCGGCCUGUUGUGCUGCCAUUCAUUAAAGGUAUUAGUUCAGAACAAUAUUGGCAAGAUUCCACCAAGGAAUAUAGUCAAAAGAUGGACUUUAUGGGCAAGGGAAUCGAGACCACUGCACCUGGCAAACGAGGGUGAAAUGGGGGAGCUGUCUUCUCAAACUACGUAUAGAAGAAAUGUUCUAUAUGUGGCUGCUAUGGACCUUAUCAAGGAGGCAGAAUCCGGGUAUGAGUCAUUCCAAACGGCGUUCGCAGCUAUAUGUGAGGCAAAAGAAAAAAUUGCAAGUAAGAAGGCUUCAGAUAUGCUUAUUGAUACUAUCGCCGAACAAGCAAAUCCUGUCCGGCAUAUCAUAACUGAUGUUGGGUCAGAAACCCAACUUCUUCCUCCACAACGUGUGCUGUCUAAAGGACGACCUAGCUCCCUUCGCCCAAAGAGUCGUAUGGAUUACAUUGUGGCUAAGAAAGCUAGAAAAUACUACAAGGACGGCCCAUGCCAUGCUCAUGAAGAUACUGCCGGUCCAAUGCCACCCCCUCCAUCCAAAAAAAGGAUUGUGAAGUGUAGCCUAUGCAAGAUUCCGGGGCACACAAAGGGUAAUUGCACUGCUAGGGGAGUCUGA